GCGACAGGCAAGGUCUCCGUACUGCCUCUUCUCGCCGAAGAAAUAAUAGCAAGAAUAACGGAACACGGAAUACUCGACAUCAUAUCCACCGGCUACCGCGGCGCCUCGGAUCCCCUGGCGGCCAGGAAAACAGCGACGCCGCGCGCUCGCGAAAUUUGACUCGUUGCCGCGGCUCCUGCUUUUUCUGGCUUCAAUCCGCAUCGAACAUCAAGCGCAUACACAGCGGCCUCUCUGGCUGUUUGUCUACUUGCGAUAUUGCUGUGAGCUUGGGGCCUGUUUCAGCUUCCUCGGUGAGCGCAACCGAAUCGGGCGCCUGGACGGGCUGCAAGGCGGUGGAACUGACAGGCGACGGUGAAAGGCAUCCAGCGACAAACGGGGCCUCCCGUUACCGCCAACAGCUUUCGCACGACGGAUUCCGAUCGUGCAUCUCUGCAUCUCUGCGACUUCAUCCUCGUACAUCCUCUCCAAGACGACGCUCUCGUUUUCUCCGUCUCUCUUUCUUUCCGCUGGUUAGCUCCAGCUUUGAGCUCAGCUUGACUCGCCGGCACUCCGACGAUUACUUUCCUUAACGAUCCACGAUCAACCACCGCCACUAGCCAGUGUUUCCUUUUGUCUCUUGUUUCAACAGAUACUCACGAAUUGCGCCCGACAACCCGUCGCGUCUUGACAUUAUAGCGAUAUAUCGAGCCGCAUCAUAACGAUUCA